UGAGAUGAAAUGAUGCCUGUAGGUCGGGCUCUUUAGUACACGGAGUAUGUUCAGGGUGGACUGCGACUGAGCGUCCAGAGACCUACAGUCACGUACGAGACUGUAUGCUAUCCGGAGCGUGAUCCUUUUCUGAGAAUCCUUAAGGAUGGGAUUAAAUUCACCAUAGAACUGAAUAUUUUAUGUCGCUUUAAAAACGCUUUUCGCAAAUCGCAUCGCGUGUUGCAGUAUUUAUAUGCGAUUGACGACUAAACUGUAACUUGAAGUCGUGACCAGCGAUAUUCGUCAAUGAAACACGUUUGCAGCUACAACAUUGCAGCAAGCCUCAGGAGGUCCUGCGUGCUCAGUUGGUCUUAAAGGAGCAGUCAAAGCAGCACGCGAGGGCAAAAUGACUAUGUCCGUCCCAGAGAACAUAUCGGGGUCCGGGGGGAAAGAUGAGGAGAGUGAAGAUGAGAGUGAAAUCUUGGAGGAAAGCCCCUGCGGCCGUUGGCAGAAGCGACGGGAACAGGUCAGUCAGGGAAAUGUCCCAGGCAUUGAGAGUGCAUACUUGGCCAUGGACACUGAAGAGGGGGUGGAGGUGGUGUGGAACGAAGUGCAGUUUUCAGACAAGAAGGUUUUCAAGUCCUUUGAGGAGCGGAUAAGGGAGAUGUUUGAGAACCUGAUGCAGGUGGAGCAUCCGAACAUUGUGAAGUUUCACAAGUACUGGUUGGACAUGAGCGAGAGCAGAGCGAGGGUGAUUUUUAUCACUGAAUAUAUGUCAUCUGGAAGUCUCAAGCAGUUUUUGAAGAAGACCAAGAAAAACCACAAAACUAUGAAUGUGAAGGCAUGGAAGCGUUGGUGCACACAGAUACUCUCUGCACUCAGUUACUUGCAUUCAUGUGAUCCACCCAUUAUCCAUGGUAACCUGACCUGUGACACAAUCUUUAUCCAGCACAAUGGCCUCAUAAAGAUCGGCUCAGUUUGGCACAGGCUGUUUGUUAAUGUGUUUGCUGAGGCGAUUCAUGGGAAUGUGCAUCAACAUCGAGAUGAAGUGCGGAACCAGCAUUUCUUUGCUCCAGAGUAUGGCACUGCUGGAGAUGACUACGCCAUUGAUAUAUUUUCAUUUGGCAUCUGUGCCUUGGAGAUGGCAGUACUAGAAAUCCAGGCCAAUGGAGACACCGCAGUUUCGAAAGAGGCCAUUGAUCAUGCUGGACAAUCACUUGAGGACCCUCUCAUGAGGGAAUUUAUCCAGUCGUGUGUGCGCACAGAAGCCAAGACGAGACCUACAGCUCAUGACCUGCUGUUCCACAGAGUGUUAUUUGAGGUCCACUCCUUAAAACUGCUUGCUGCGCACUGCUUUAUCAAUAACCAGUAUCUCCUUCCUGAGAAUUGUGUGGACGAGAAAACAAAAUCUUUUGACCCUAACGGCAUCAUGGCAGAGAUUAAUCAUUGUGACCGACCUGGAGUCCAUCUAAAGUACUCUCACGUUUCUCCUCUGGAGCUGGACAAAUUCCUUGAGGAUGUGAAGAACGGCAUAUAUCCGCUCAUGAACUUUGCUUCCCAGCGGCCGCAUCCUAUCCCCCGUGCUCUUUCUUUGUCACAGGAACAGAUGGAGACUGUGAAGACCCCAACCCCAGAACCACAGGAGACUGAAACCAGAAAGGUUGUCCAGAUCCACUGUAAUUUGGAAGCGAAUGAGGAAGGCACAAGGAGUCAUCUCUCUCUCUUUUUAAAAAUGGAUGACAGGCUUCACCGGCAGCUUAGCUGUGAUGUUUUGCCAUCUGACAGUCCCAAAGAUUUAGCUAGUGAGUUGGUUCACCAUGCUUUCAUCAGUGAGGAAGACUUCGAGAAGUUGGCAUGUUUUCUUGAGGAUGCAUUAUGUAAGCACUGGUCAGGGACGUCCACCUCCCCUACUGCCAUGGCUGUGAUGUACUAAGCCCAGCUGGUCACAUAAUAGACAAACAGAGAUUGAAGACUGGGCCAGAGCUUGAGAAAAAAAAUGGUGGCGAGAGAUCCAGAAGAGGGAAAUGAGACCAAAAGCGCAACAUUACAUAAUGAAGGUCAUGACAAGAUGGCUUCAGAAUAAGUGAUGGCCCUGGGGAGAAAAGCUCGCACCAUACCGCAUGGUACCUGCACAAACUCCAAAGAGCUCAAACUGUUCAUUUUGAUCUUGAAGGUCGAAUUACUGCUAUCAUCUCACCAUGACGUACAUUUCUAUCACUUGCAGAGAUUCAGCUUCAGUGCCAGCAUUUUGGUUGUGAUUUUUUUUUAAUGCGUUUAAAGGAUUUUUAAUAACAUCCCUCCAAGUCAUUGUCCCUAUAUGGCAUAAUCCAUCCUCAUCACGCAAAGGACAAAAUCUCAAACAGACCGUUUUGUUCCAGAUAAAUGUGUUAUUUAUUAUUUGAAACAAUUAAUACCUGGCCUUGGUAUACAUGUUUAAAAGUUCAAGCAAGGAAAUGCAUUAAAAUGUCUGAUUCUGCAUUUCUAAAUGAUCUUAUUCUGUAUGCUUUAACAAGCUGACGUUGAGCAAACGAAUUUACGGUACUAUGACAAAAGUGCUCUUGGCACCUAUUAUACUAAUAUAUUUCAAUUUCAUUUUUUUCAGACCUUAAACGUCAUUUCUUGCUCUUAAUCUUGAAUUUGUAAUCUUAAUCUUUGAAUUUUACAGUUUAAGAUGUCUUUUUUUUUAUUAUUGAACUAUGUAGAUCUCAAUUGCUUUUUUCAUGCAGAUGGUAACUUCGCAGAUGUUUGUAAACAGUGGCAAUAGCGGUAGUCUUAAGUAGUACGUUACCAUUCAAAAAUUUUAGGUCAGUAUGAUUUUGGGGGAUUUUUUAAAAGAAAUUAAUACUUUUA